AUGACCAGUGUAUCAAAUGAAUCAGCUGUUUCUGGUACAAGCAGCAGUAAUGGCGGGCAAAACGGUCAGAAAAUCACAACGGCCCUGCUAAAGAAACGACCAAGUGAUUCAGAUGGAAAUUAUAACACGCUAUCCAAUGACAAUCAAAUCGAUAUGAAUAAGCCCGAUCCGCAGGUAGUUGAUAUCGUUUCCAGGCAUCUUGUCAAGGACUCUGAUAACCUUCAACUGAAAAGCGGUGACAUGACAAGAGAUAUUUAUAAAUGGACUAGUGAGCAUCCGAUUUCAAGCUCGUCGCCGGGGGAUACAAUGAUGAACUCGCCGCAGAUGCAGCAGGAUGCGCAGCCCAUAUCGAUGGCGCAGCGUAGAAGAUCUAUCAGUUUUUCAGGCGCCUCAGCGCACUCCUCGGGCAUUUAUAGCAGCACGAGGAACAGCGAGUUUGAGUUACCGCCUCAUGUAGCAAUGACUCACGAAGAAAUCAGGGCGCCAGGUGGUUUUAGAAGGUCUUUCAUUGUACGGAAACAUGAAAGAAAGUAUGGUAACAAUGCGCCACCGCCAAAUUUUCUAACAAGAAAUUUUAUUGAGUUUUUGACCCUGUACGGACAUUUCGCUGGUGAGGAUCUGGAAGAAGAGGAAGACGAAGACGAAGAGGGCACAGAACAAGAAGGCCGCAUACACGAACGCACGGACCUCCUGGAAAGAGGCCAAGUCUCAGAAACUGAUACAGCGGAGGUGUCUGAUCACCGCCACAAGACUUCAACUUUCAAGGCCGUGCUUCUGCUGUUGAAAUCUUUUGUUGGCACAGGUGUGCUUUUCCUCCCGAAAGGUUUUGAAAACGGUGGAUGGGGAUUUAGUGUACUGUGUUUACUGUUUUGCGCGAUUGCGUCUUUCUACUGUUUUGUUAUUUUGAUAUCGGCAAAGGACAAAGUUGGUGUAAGUGGGUAUGGUGAUUUGGGAGCAAAAUUAUACGGCUCGAAGGUUAAAUUUGCAAUAUUGUUUUCUAUUGCAAUUUCCCAAAUUGGCUUCGCUGCAGCUUAUAUCGUUUUUACAUCAACAAAUCUGAAGGUUUUCGCGGAACAUGUCUUUGGUGUAAAGAAAGAUUCGUUGGGUCUCGCGUUCUAUAUCGCCCUACAAACAGUAAUCUUUAUUCCACUGGCGUUCACCAGAAAUAUUUCAAAGUUAAGUGGUACAACAUUAAUCGCGGACCUUUUCAUUCUGUUGGGCCUUCUCUAUGUUUAUUACUAUCCAGUGUAUUACAUUAUCGAAAAUGGAUUAGCCUCAGACUCAAUGGUUUUUCUCAAUAAGAACGACUGGUCCCUCUUUGUUGGUACAGCAAUCUUCACAUUCGAAGGUAUCGGUUUGUUGAUACCGAUUCAAGAAUCAAUGGCUCACAGAGAGAAAUUUCAACCAUGUUUGUCGGGUGUUCUAUGCUUAGUCGCAUUCAUUUUCAUUUCAACAGGUUUAAUAUGCUAUUCUGCCUUUGGAAGCGACGUUGAAACUGUCGUGCUAUUGAAUUUCCCGCAGAAUUCACCAUUUACGAAAUCAGUUCAACUCCUUUACGCCACUGCUAUUUUGCUAUCGACACCGCUUCAAUUAUUUCCAGCGAUUCGUAUACUAGAGAAUUGGUCCUUUCCAACUAAUGCUUCUGGUAAACAUAAUCCACGAAUCAAAUGGUUAAAAAACUAUUUCCGCUCGGGUGUUGUAAUUAUUACUGCACUUGUUGCUUGGGCAGGUGCAAAUGAUCUUGAUAAAUUCGUUUCAAUUGUGGGUUCCUCUGCCUGUAUACCAUUGAUUUACAUCUAUCCACCUUUGUUGCAUCAUAGAGCGUUUAAGAAUGAUUCAAGAUUUAAUGUCUCUCGUUCAUUCGAUAUUUUGAUCGCUGUAUUUGGUACUUUAGUUAUGCUCUACAUAACAUAUCAAACAAUUGUAUUGUGGGGGUCAUGA